UAAUUAUAGGUAGGCGGGGAUCAGUAACAGCGGACAGUGGGGGAAACCUUUCUGUCCGAUUUUACGACUUGACAGGGCGCCGUGACUUAGGAGGGGAGCGAGAACUAAAGCCGGGGGUGGCAGAUGUAGUAGGUACGGGAAUAGCGCGGUAGGCAGUAGUAGCGUUAGUAUUAGAGCGAUAGCGUUAGGCACAGGUAGAUUAGGUGACGAGUAGUCACGUGGUUGAUUAGUAUAUAGUUAGAGGUAGAUGUUUAGUCGGGGCUUUUUCCCAAAAUACCAGCAGAGACUACCGUCUCUGAGCGUCGUAUCAACUGUAGGCAGCAAGUCUGUAGGGAGGCCCGUUCUACAAGAACGUAUUGCGCUGAACGGAGACAGAGACAGCGCUGACUUCUGGACGAUACGAGCAGCCGUGGCCAUUGUACAAGCACGUGUAAUAAAGGUUCGCACACCCGCUGACAAGUUCCUGCCUUUUGGUUGAGUGUUCGACUGUUGUUGCAACCAUACAACCUCACCUUACCACUCGGUUACAUCUUUGGCGCUGCGAGCAGGAUGUGUCAGCAGGUGUACACAAUGGCUGCAGAGGGUGACAAUACAGCAGAGGCUGUACGAACGUGUCAUUUAGUCCGUCUUCAGAAGUUUGCCGGAGGGCCAAGUGUCGACGACUUUGAAAGAGAGGUCGAGGUAGCUCUCGCCCUAAGCCCCAUGCCUGAGAGUGCCGCGUGUGUUUAUAUUCUGAACGCGCUGGAGGGACGUGCUAGACGGCGAGUUCUGAUGUUCCCUCAUGACAUGAUAAACACGCCAGAAAAGAUUUUGGAUAUUUUGAGAGAGGCAAAAUCGCCUGAUGAGCGACGCCAUAUCCAGUACACACCUGGCGACACGCUUUGUGAAAGGACUUAACAACAGCCAGGUCCGACGUGAAACAUCCAGACAGCUGGCCGACCAUGGGUCUUCUUUUGCCGAUCUCCUUAAGACGGCACGACGGGUAGAGAGAGAGGAGAUGUGUAAUGACAGGGAGGAUGAGAUACAUCGUCUGACUGCACGAGUAACACAGUUGGAGAUGGAGGCGGCCACCCGACUUCACACGACACAGCAAAGUGAUUUCCCCUCCGAGGCUGAUCGUCAUCACAAACAUAAAUAUUUGCGACGACAGCAGACAAGACAACGGGGCGGCCAGCGACCAGCAGCUCCCCAUGACAGCGAUGGUGGAGGGGGCAGAAGGCGAGGUUUCUGCAGGUGGUUCAACGUGGCAAAGGGAUGGGGGUUCAUCACACCUGAUAAUGGCGGUCAAGACGUCUUUGUCCACCAUUCAGUUAUUCACAAGGCAGGCUUCCGCAGCCUAGGCAAAGGUGAAGUGGUGGAAUUUGAACCCAGGCCGUCAUCCAAGGGCGUGGAAGCCACGUUCGUCUGUGGUAUCAGAGGAGUGAAAUGCCGAGGCAGUGAUCGCCGGCCGAUUUCAAGAGAAAAGUUUCAAAACAAGCCGGUGCAACUACAACAGCGGCAACCACAACGACGGCGGAGCCAAGCAGAACUGCAACAGGACAGAUUCCAUGAGCGGAGCGGCCGGAGUACCUGUAAUAUCACCAGCCGGCCAGUGAAUGACAGUGCUGUGUACACAGUCAGGCCCCUUGUUGACGGCCCUGCACGUGCCCGCAGUAACGACAUCAAAACAGCGAAGCCGUCUCUGGAGUUAGAGGAGAGUCAACUGCCGGAGACACAGAAUUGUCAAGACUACGACAGUGACGAAGAAACAACGUUUUGGUAUACUACUGUCCCACCCCGUCAAGCCAGAACUACAGUGAUACCAAAAGUGACAGUUUCUGUGGUUCCAGAAGUGACAGUGUGUGUGAUGUCAGAUGUGACAAUGCCUGUGGUUCCAGAAGUGACAGUGCCUGUGGUGCCAGAUAUGACAGUAACUGUGAUUCCAGAAGUGACAGUGCCUACAGAGCACAGCAAAUUGCAGCGGCUUGCUGCGAGACAGGCAUAAACUCAGAUGUGUGAGAAAACUCUUUCGUGUGACGCUACUCCGGGACACAUGAAUACCAUGGACAUAUUUUAGUUCACGGCGAUGAUUGACACUGCAGAUAACCAUUAAUAUUUUGUACCAUUGAUUAGUUUGUUUAUAUUGCUAUUUUUGUGCAUUUUCUUUUCGCUUUGCCACGGCUGCGCCUACGAAAUGUUAUUAUGAC